UUCACCAUGUGUGUGUGUAUAGGGGUAGUGCCACAGUGCAGGGACAGUGCCAGGACUCACAAGCACUUCAGACCUUCCUAAGCAGUGCAUUUAGGCCUCUGUGUGCUGCUGCAGAGGCCUACGUGAUUUUUUUUUUUUUUUUUUUUUUGCUUGGCGAGAUGGAUGGUGUGAACACUGCUUUGCGAGUGGCGGCGGUGAGCGGAUGGCUGCUGGUGGCCAGCUGCUCGUCCCUCUUCGAUGACGUGGACAUGACCCUCGGGGAAAAGCAACUCUCCCCCGAAACGAGUGUGGCUCGCGGCGAGUCCCUGUUCGGGGGCGUCAAGAUGUCCCUCAGCACCAAGGAACUGCAGGAGGCGGGCCUGUGGGAUGCUGCAGGCCCGGCUUUCGGAGGGCUGCCCGCCUCAGGAUCCUACACCUUGCCGCAGCCCCAGGCAAAGAGAGUCGCCUCGGCGACAGUGUCCACCGGCCUGAGCAGCCCCAAGCGAGGCUCACUGUUUGAUGAGCUGCCCAACGCGGGGGCGAGUUAUCCUGGCGCCGGUGUGUCUGCCAGCAGGUACUUCACCACCGCGGCGCCCCGGACCACCGCCAGUCUGUUUCAAGUGUCCGGCCUGGUGCUGCCGCUGUCCCAGGACGAGGUCAGGCAGCAGGGUAGUGCCAGUCUCCAGGCAUUCCCCCUCCCAGACCCAAUACAAACCCACCAGGCCGCAGCACCACUCCAGGGGUCUAUGCAGCCCACCAGUGAGAUGCAGGAGUCUCAGGAUUCUAUGGAGGAAGAGAAAAAGGAGCAGGAGAUGAAGAAUAAGGAAGAGAAUGAGGAGGAGGAUGUGCUGUCAGCCCUGCAGCUGCUGGAGCGCUAUGCCCCCCAGCUGGCUGCCGUGCUCAACGCCACCGCCAUGAAGAAGGACUCCUCCACCACCUUCCCUCAUGCCGUCCAGGGUGACUUCCAGCUGGCCCUGGAGACUCUCUCAGGGUCACAUCAAAAAGAGGCCAAUGGCAACUCUGCCUCUUAUGAAGACCCCCUUCAUCUGUACUCGUUCCUGGACAACACUAACGAGGAAGUGUCACUGUCUAGCAACCGAGAGAGGCUUUCAAAGAAGGAAAGCAUUGCAGCAACCAGAAGGCAGCGCCUGGAGGACCUCAGGCUGGCCCUGGACAUCAUCCGUAGCCUGGAGAGUCCACCGGUCAAGGACGAAGACGAGGAGUUCCAGCUCAAGUUAGCCAAGUCCAUCUUUGACCAGCACAUCAACUCCCUGUCCGAGCUGACCCGACGGCAGCGCGACACCCUGCACUCCCUCAUGACCAUGGUGCGGGGCUCCUCACGCCCCAGGAACCCCAACUCAUUCCGCCUCCCACCGGUGAAGGAUGCAAGACCUCCCGCCUCACCUCCCGCAUCACGCAGAAACUCAUAUCUUCCACCACGACAGGACGAUCCUCCACCCGCCGCGCCACGCAGGAGAUACGGCCCUCCACAGCGAGAUGACCCUCCUCCUCUGCGCGAUCCUGAGCCUCCCGCCCCUCCACGCAGAACUUAUGGCGCCCCUCAACAACGCGACCCACUGCCUCCAGCUCCUCCUGAUGAUGGUGACAGUGAGGAGGCCACAGGCACUGGACACCUUAGCUUAACCUUCACCCCGGCAGACAUAUACACAGUGCUUAGUGGCAUUCACUCAGCCCCUAAAGAUAUGCUCACCCCAAGCAGAUCCUAUGGCACCCCAGCCAAGCAGGGUCCUACACCACCCCCCAGGUACUACAUAGCUGUGCCAUCCUCCAUCAGGACCCAGGCUGACGACCCCCAGCCACCACUAGCCGAUGAUGUUCGCCCCCCAGCCCCGCCUGUGCCCACCACCACCAGGAGGCCAUCGAGGGAGUACCUUCCACCGAGGGACGAAGGAAGGAGGCCCUAUGACAGUUUUGAAAGUUUCCUCGCCGAUCCCCUGCCCCUGGAGACCGUUGAGAGUUUGGAGGAUGAUGCAGAUUCGUGGCGCCCCAUCUCACGCCCUGCAGACCCCAGCAUGUAUUCCCAGCGGCCCAGCGACGAGCAGCGGGACGACGCACGGAGCACCACCAUGACGACUCAUAACUACCACUACCACUACCACUACAGCCAGCUCAGCGAGAGCGACAGCAGCUCCGGUGAGGAACAGCGAGAUGAUGUGAUGACCAUGGAAGGUUACGGCGACCGCCAGGACGACUCCCUUCAGGACAUGGGGUACGGUAGGCAAAGGGAUGUCCCAGCCCUGCCCCCGGCUACCCAGAGGAGGCACCGUGGGCAGUCUGACCCAAAUGUCUCAUCCUACUCGUCUAUACUCUCAGUGGAUCCAGAUGACAGUUCAUUUGAAAGCCUCUCCCAGCCUCCAGCUCCUCCCUUAUCAGGCUACGCCACUCCACCUGCCAAUCCACCUGAGCCACCAAGAAGGGGCUAUGGAUCACCACCUGCAGCUCCACCUAUGAAAGGUUAUGGGCCACCUCCUGCUCCACCUGCUCCACCACGCGCCCCUCCUGCUCCGCCACGUCCGCCUUCACCCAUGAGGGGCUAUGGGGCUCCACCUGCCAAUCCACCCAUGAUGUACCGGCCGCAACGCGCUCCACCCUCAUUCUAUAGCGCUCCACAAGCCCCCACUAGGUUCCCACGUUCCCCUACCCCUGUAACUAAUGCCCCUGACAACCCCACUUCCCCUGCACCUCCCCCACCUCCCACCAUCUAUGGAGCGCCCCUAGCUGAUCCCUCACCUCCAGCACCUCCCCCUGUUUAUGGAGCACUCCCAGCAAACCCCACAUCCCCUCCGGCCAAUCCCACCAAACCACCUUCAACAUACGGAGCACCCCCUGCAGACCCAGCACCCCCUGCCCCUCCCCCCACCACCUCCAGACCCGUGCUACUUGUGCCUCCCAGACCACCUCCCCUCCUCAAGAGCCACUUCUCUGUGUUCAACAAAAAGUCCAAACCCCCGAGGCUGUUCCAGCGUGCCCCAGUGGUGGCUGUAGGGCCUGUGAGGGUGAGGCAAGUGGACACGCCCUCCCUCCUUGCCAGUGACACACGGAGUACCACACGCAGCCCACUACAGCUCCAGCAGGAACAACUUCAGAUGCAGUACCUAAGGAAUGAGCAGCGACUGAGGGAGGAACAUCGUACUCUGCAGGACAUCAAUGGGCUGCGCUUCCAGAUCCAGGCACAGGAGCAGCAGAGGGAUGAUAUGAUGAAGAACCUGUUCAAGGACAUCAAGAAAGAGAAGGAGAGCGGCUUCAAGAAACUGUUUUAUAAAGGAGCUUCUCUACUCGGCGCCAUGUCUUUUAUGCCGUUCUCAAGCGGACGGAGAAAACGUGAAGUGCCAAAUUUAUCAUGCAUGGCAGACUCUCUCAACCUGGCUGUCCCCGAGCCCAUAACUGCACCCACCAGGACAACUUUUCCCUCACCGAUGUGGUUGGUAUCUUGCAGGCCAAACAGAAGGGUAUAAUGCAGGGGGUUAGUCUAAGUGACCUCAAGCCCCUGCUGCCACCGCCCGCUGCCCUGCAUGACCCAGGCUGCCUGCACCGUUCCUUCUGCAGGCUCAUGGUGGGGCUGGAAGGGACGCCGCUCUACAGUGCCUUUCUCAAUAAGUACCUCGAACUGUUCCCAGUGCAGGAUGGUAAAAGUGGCAGCGUGGCGGGCCAGGCGCUGCACCUCGCCAAGCAGAGGCUCACUUACGGCACCAUUCACUCCAAGGAAACUUGCCAAGCCUUCCACUGCCCCUACCCCGACCAGGACCUGUGACCGCCUGUAAAUAUCGCCUGUAGCACCUGUCACAGUAGCUACUUGUAGUAAAACUAUUAAACUUCCACUCCUGAGUCUUCUACUGCUACUUUCUUUUCCUCUUCCUCUUCCUCCUUCUACCCAUAAUGACCUGUAACUAUGACCUGUAACCUUCACCUGUAGUACCCGUGACAAGAAAUAUUUGCAUUAGAACUAUCACACUUGUAUUUUUGAGUCUUCUGCUAAUACAGUCUUUCACCACCUUCUACCUGUAGCGCACCUGUAAUCUUGACAAUAUUUAUUUUCUUCCUCUUUCUUUCACUCCCCCACUUAUUUGUUUUCUUCCUCUUUCUUUGAAUUCCCUAAUCACCAUACUUGUUUUGUUUCCAACACACACACACACACACACACACACACACACACACACACACACACACACACACGCACACAAGGAAGGACCAGACUGAUACAGACAGACACAAGGCCAAAGGAGUGUAUUUCAGGCCCUGUAUAUGGCAGCUAGACAGCUAUAACUAGAUAAAACACACAUAUUUGUUAUUCCAAGUAUACUCGUAUGUAUUGCUUGUAGAGCUUAGCUGGGAAGAUUAUGUAAAGAGCAUUGGUGAAAUAUAAGGUUGAUUUCAGU